AUGUGGAGGGAGAGACGUAGCACGGGCCUUGUUGAAGACCACCCGGAGGUCCAGGUGAACAGCGGGAACUUCCGGGGUUCCUUGGAGACGAGGUGGGAGCAGUGGUCGAGCGAGUGUGACCGGGAACAGACCUCCUCUCCCUCCUACAUUCCCGUAGCCGCCCAUCGCUCCAUAAGUCUGCCACACUACCGGAGUCUUGCCAUAGUUGGAGCAGCUUACGAGCAGCCUCUCUCCCGGACAAUCGAACACUUUACGUACCUCCGUAGCCCAGUGCCCUCUCAUUCUGAGGACCCCGAUGACUACCUGAGGCCAGUGAUGUUGGCCAUGCAGCACUACAACUCCUCAGGCCUGGCUGCCCCCAAUCUCCUCCCCAACCAGACCUGGGGGGUGGAGGGGGUGCCGGCCAUGGCCUGGAGGGCAAACAUCACCACAGAGAGGCCCAUGUCUCCCCCCAGUAACCCCACUGCAGCUGGCCUCUCUAUGACCCUGGGCAUCCUGUCCAACAUCGUGGCCCUGGUCAUCCUGGCGAAAGCCUACGCCCGUCUGCGCCGCCGCUCCAAGGCCACCUUCCUGCUCUUCGCCAGUUCCCUGGUGGCCACAGACUUUGCCGGCCACAUCAUCCCCGGUGCCCUGGUGUUGAGGCUGUACUCAGCUGGGGCUGCGACUGGGCCCUUAGCUCGCGCUGCCACCGAUGCCCCCUGCCAGUUCCUAGGGGGUAGCAUGGUGUUCUUCGGCUUGUGCCCAUUGUUCCUGGGCUGUGCCAUGGCUGCUGAGCGCUGCCUGGGUGUCACACAGCCCCUGCUCCAUGCCUCACUGGUCACCACGGCUCGCACCAAGAUGGCACUAGCUCUCAUCUGGCUGCUGGCUCUGUGUGUGGCCUUCCUGCCCUUCUUCAGGCUGGGGGCCUACACCUACCAGUACCCCUGGACCUGGUGCUUCAUCAGGGUCCUGGGAGAGACUCGGGAGACGGACGUGGCCUUUGUCAUGCUGUUCUCUGGACUGGGUCUGGCCUCUCUGACUGUGGCCCUGGUGUGUAAUACCAUCAGUGGGGUCACGCUGGUGCUUGCCAGACUGCGUAAGAAGUGUAAGACCUGCUACCGUCGCUCAGCCAAGUCCCAUGACAUUGAGAUGGUGGCCCAGCUGGUGGGCAUUAUGAUCACUUCUUGCAUCUGCUGGAGCCCCCUGCUGAUCUUUGGCCUGAUGUCAGUCACACGGUCCUAUAGUGGUUCCAUAGGCAAUGACCAGGACACAUACAGGAGGUUGAUGGUGAUGGGCGUCCGGCUGGCCUCCUGGAACCAGAUCCUGGACCCCUGGGUCUACAUCUUGCUGCGCCGGUCCGUGCUGAGGAAGAUCUAUCGCAUCACCAAGAGCCGGGCCAGCUUCAAGAACAGCACCUUCCGCCAUUGGGACAUCAGCUCCUUCCAGAACUCUGAGAAAAUAAACACUGUCAACAGGAUCUGA